AUGUCCGUGAUAGAUGAUCCCUUCGUAACUAAUCCAGAAGGGGCGCGCAACCCCUUGGAGACAAACCAGUAUUCAUCCUUUGAUGCGCAACUGUUCAGUUUAGACGCCUCUUCGCCCGCACAAGCCAAACGUGCUCUAGAGGCCCAUCUAGCGGAAACUGAGCGCCGCCUUGAAGAAGCGUCUAAACUGGGCACCGCUCUCGUUGAUCAGCGAAAGGAACUGGAGGAUAAGCUGAAAGAAGUCGAGCAACAGCAGGAGGAGGGCCAGAUUGGACAAGAUCUCCGUCGGAAAUUGUCUGAGCUCGAGCGGGAGUACAAUGAAAUCGGCCGGGAGACUGCACGAGCGUUUCUUGCGCCAAAGCGUCUUGCUGGUGGAGAUGAUGCGCAUUUGGGCACACCCUCUCUCGACCAGAAGUCACCCCUAAGUCCAGCAUUCUUUGCCGGACAAGCUACCAACUCUCCCAGUAAGGUGAGCGUACCGUCACGAAAACAGCGCAACCAACCUUCAAACCGCGUCCAUGAUAUCGAGUUUGCUACCGAAAUUUCCACGUCCUUACUUGCCCAAGUGCGUCAACUGCAAACAUUGCUAGCCGAACGGGAGGAUAGCUUGAAAACUGUGAACCUGGAAAAGUCGCGACUUGAAUUGGAGGCCGAAGGAUAUGCCCAACGGAUACGCGCCCUGGACGAGAGCGAGGAACGGUAUAAGGACGAGAACUGGGCGUUGGAAACAAAGACCCACGAGCUUAUGGCCGCUGUGAAAGAAGCCACAGACCGGGAGGGAAAACUUAAUGGCAAUCUAGGGGCAGUUGCUGCGGAAAAAAGUGCCAUGGAGCGGGAGCUCGAAGAUCUAAAACAAGCCAACGCCAAACUUGUUGAAGACCACACGGCUGUCCAGAAGGCCAAUGAUGCUGAAAUCCAUCUUUUGCGUAGGAAUCUCACCGCAGGAGAUACCGAAAAGGCCACGCUUCAGCGGAAACUCGAGGAUAUGAACAACCAGAACCAAGAGCUCGCGAAAGCAGUCGCCAUGCGGCUGCGCCAUCAUGAAACCGAGUCUACCCGUGAAAUCGUGCACCCCCGUGACUCUGAUGAUGACGACCAAGCCACGCCAGAGAACUCGCCGCCGCCGUCACCGAACAAGUUCACCCCUCGCCAUAACCACCUGGAGACUGAGACUCUGCGGAGCUCGCUCGGUCAUGCUCACCGUAUGAUCCAGAACCUGCGGAGUACGGUCCAUCGAGAAAAGACAGAGAAGAUCGAACUUAAGCGCAUGCUUCAGGAUGCACGAGAUGAGGUUGAGCAGCGCCGCCGCGAUUCAACUGCCGCGAAUGGCACCAACAAGAAACAAAAGACAAAGGCUGACGCAUCGCGCAAAUCAGCACGGCCGGACUUGUUGGGAGCUGGAAGGAAGAAGCCCGAAAUUGAAAUUCAUGAUUCCGACUGGGAAGACAAUGCUGGCGAAAUAAGCCCAACCCACAAAGCGUCGAUGAAAUUUCGCGAUCGCCGCGGGGACCAGUCGACUGAUGAGCGUAGUGAUGCUUAUCAUACUGCAACAGAGAAUGAUGAUGCUUUCGAAACUGCCAAUGAAAGAGAAACCGCGACUGAAAGUGAAGCCUUCCAGACCGGUGUCGAGAGCAUGGCUGGCGAGAGCACUGAUAGCGAUGAGCUUACGGAGACUGAAGAUCGUGUCAAUAACAGCACUCCACGGGAACGGGUCUCAUCCCUGACAUUGGCCAAGGCUCGUGACCGCACCUCUUACUACAGCACAGCAUCUACCUCUGCCGAUGAGGAUGAUAGUGAAGACCCCGGUACGCCGUCAGCUAGCCAAUUCUCAACCCCUCGACACCGCCUCCGGAAGAAGAGGAGUGUUGUGCGUAAGAUUCGUCCCUCUGGAGAGGCCCCAAUGGCGUUUGGCAGCCGACCCUCAAGUGCGCGAGACUCCCCAGCAACCACCUUCACGCGGGAGUCUUCCGCAGCUCCAGAAGGCCAAAGUCUCUUCGCGGAACUUGCUGAACUUGAUGGCGAUGAAGACGAAGACGGAAGCUUUGGACCGCCAAUGCAAUUCAAUCCGGAGUCGCCAAGUACGCCACGCAUGGCCCUGGGAGCUGAUUCAAGGAGGCCGUCUGAGGCCAACCUGGAAGCUCCGCCGAAGCCUACUAUGGUCGACUCCGGUGUCAUGACCGAUCCUUGGGAACCGACAGCCUCAAUGGCAUCCCAGACCUCGGAGGACGAAACUGUUACUGGUGUUCCUCUCACUCCUAAGAAGGCGGCGAUGUCAGAUGCCGGUACUGAUAUGGAAGGCGUGGAGUCACCCAAGUUGGUCAAUUCAGGAACUCAGUGGACUCCGCUGAAACCUGACGUAGACCUCAAUGGCGACCAAGCCUUGAAUGUGCCUACUCCACCGAAGAUGGCAUGGGAUGGGCAAAACGCGGGCGAUCAACGAGAGGUCGAGAUGUCCGAUACCCCGAAGACGCAGAUCGAGUUGGAUGUUUCAUCCAUCUCUCAUCAAGGAACCGAACCUGUGGCACCAAGUUUCCCAGAACUGAGCACAGCACUGUUCGUGGGCGGGACAACAGAACCAAUUUCUCUCCCUGCUCCCGUAUCGCCCGAGGUGGCUUUCUCAACGAUCUCAUCGCAAUCCAGCGAACCCAAAUCGCCCGUCAUCCCUGUCAUUCCCGAGCCAGAACCAGCCUACGUACCGGACAUGACCUUCUCUCAAAUAUCAGUGAUAGAUACACUGCCGGUUGCUGCCAGUCUACCAGUACCAGCGGCUAAACCAGUAGUGUCCCGUUCCGAGCAAGGAACCAGUACAGAUGUUGUGGAGUUCUCGAUUUCAGCAAUUUCUGCAGAACAAACCGAUCCUGUCGAGCCUGUUCCUGAAGCCAAGGAAGAAUCUGUGGUUCCUGUCCCCAUGGUUGUAGAUGAGGCUGUCCCUGAGCCGACCCUUCCCGAGUUGAGCAUCUCCUUCAUACCUCCGGCGUAUACCGAGCCAAUCUCGCCCGAGAUUCAAGAGGUUGCUGUCCCGUCAGUGCCACAAUUGUCAUUGUCCACGCUCAACUCGGUUGAGACGCCUCCCGUCGAACAUGCUCCAGCUGUAGUAUAUCUACCUUCCCCACCUGUGGUUGAUGAGAACACUCCACCCAGUGCAAUGGCAAGCUCCAAAGCAAUCAAGCAUACCCCACCUCAAGUUGUUGUGGAUGACAGCGCAGACAGAAAUACUACCGAUGAAACGGUUACUCAAGAGUUUGGUGAAACAUUGCCCCUGGGCGCCAUUUCUGGGAACGCAGCCCCUCGCCGCGCAAGAGCGGACUCGUCUCACCACGCUGACCAGGGCGCUCAAACCAUUUUAUCAUCCAAGCAGAUUGACCAACUUCUUCUUGACCGCGUUUCUUCAAGACCACUUUCUCCUCCUGAGAGCGACAGGACCAAGGAAAUGAACAGCUCACCUUUCAAUACGCCCAAGGUGCGAUCACGCCCUGUUCCUGCUCCCCAGACCUCAGCCACCUCCCCUCACAAGAGGCCCGGAAGUGCCGCCAGCCAAGCGUCAAGUGUUCAAACCCACCCCCCAUUGCCGGUUGACCACAGAGAAGCUAUCUUGGCCGCGGAGAAGAAAUCAAUGGAGCAACGUCCGACGUCUGCUGGUUUGAUGGGACCACCACUUGCUCCAGCUUCCGCUUAUAGAACGAAUGCCGCGCAGCGUCCUCGAACACCGAAUGAGUCCGCUGCCCAAGCUGGAUCUGCAAAGACAACUACAUCGCGAGCCAGCAUGAGACGUGAUAGCCAUAUGUCACGACGGUCCUCGGUGUCUUCGUUCGCGUCUGAGCUGGAAGAGCGCUUCAAUAUGCAGCCCCACCCGCCGUUUGCACCACCCCAGGGAUAUUCCAUGGGAACUGAUCCUCGGAUGAUUCAAGCAAUCACGCAAACUAUGAUCGGGGAAUUCCUGUGGAAGUAUACUCGCCGCGCCGUGUCUGGAGAUAUUUCCAACACCAGACACCGCCGAUACUUCUGGGUCCACCCAUAUACAAGGACACUGUACUGGAGCGAGCACGAUCCGCAAACUUCUGGUAAGAGCGAGGGUCGGACCAAGAGCGUUCCAAUUGAGGCUGUCAGAGUGGUGGCGGACGACAAUCCAUACCCACCUGGACUUCACUGCAAGAGCUUAGAAGUUGUUAGUCCUGGCCGUAGAAUAAGGUUCACCGCAACUACAAGCCAAAGACAUGAGACAUGGUUCAAUGCGCUCUCGUACUUGCUUGUACGAAACGGCCCGGAGGACGAAGAUGCAGAUAAUAAUGUUACUCUGGAAGAUAUUGACGAGUUUAACCCUGGAUUCCGCUCUCGAUCGCGCCAGACUGCACGCAUGUCGGUUUCCUCGGGGCAGAGCCGUGGCACGCGGAAUCUACCCAAGCAACGCUCAGGUUCAGCAAUGUCUUUGCGCCCGAGUUUGACGCCCGGUCGUGCAUCCCCGGCGUAUCCCCCGUCGCAUUACUCCGAUCAGGCUCGCCAGAGCUCCGCGUCUCGCCUUAGCACCAUCUUUAACUCGACAAUCAAGGGGUCCUUUGGACGUAAGGGCCCUGGAUAUGCAGCAUCUAGUGUGAAUGAAGGCAGUCUCCACAACCAUGAUAGUGUGGAGGAUCUUCAACAUGUGCACGACCAUGCUGAGGAUCGGCUGGAAAACGUUCGUGCUUGCUGCGAUGGCAAGCAUGAUGUCAGUUCGCUCUCGAGAACAAGCCGCUAUAGCCCUCGUGCCAACCGGAUUCACUCCCACCACUAA